AAGAAGGAGCGCACGACAGCAUUGGUGGUGAGCGCGGUCUUGCACGGCUUCAGAGCAAUCGACACAGCUUGUCAGCUCAAGCAUUACAGAGAGGAUCUUGUCGGGGAAGCGUUGCAGACAUUAUAUGACAAGCAUGGCUUCAAAAGGGAGGAUCUAUUUAUUCAGACAAAAUUCACCUCAAUCAGCGGCCAAGACACGUCACUUGCGUUACCGUACGACCCUUCUGACCCUCCUCGCACCCAACUCCUCGACUCUUUCUCCACUUCAAUCCGCCAGCUUCGCACGACCUACCUCGAUGCCUACGUCCUCCACUCGCCGCUCCGGACAUUCGCUCAGACGCUCGAGGCCUGGCGCGCGCUCGCGGAGCUGCAGGACGCGGGCAAGGUGCGCGCGAUCGGUCUGAGCAACGUCUACGACGUGCGACUGAUCGAGCGGCUCGGUGCGGAGAGUGGGCGGCCCGUUCAGAUAGUCCAAGACCGAUGGUACGAAGGCAAUCGAUGGGACCCGGAGGUCGUGCGUUGGUGUAUAAAUAACGGAGCCCAGUACCAAUCGUUCUGGACGCUCACUGGAUCGCCGACUCUUCUUGCUCACCCAGCAUUGACGGCCCUCGCGCGCACUAAGCACUGCACCCCCGCGCAGGCACUCUAUCGCUUCGCCCAGUUGCAAGGCGUCACGCCGCUCUCUGGGACCACGGAUGAGACGCACAUGCGUGAGGACCUGGAGGUGGAAAAU